AUGGCCGACGCUACCUUCCACACCACCCAGCAGGACAUCCGCAAGCCUGAAUCCCACGCCUCCCACGCCCACGCUGGACAGACCCCUGCCAACUCCAACGUUUCCGCCAUGAAGUCCAUCGUCGACGAGCACAACUCCAACAAGGGCGAAAAGAUCGAACAGACCAAGGCCAACCUGCCCCUGCCCGACCAGCCCCCCGUCGCCAGCGACUGGAACUCCGCCGAUCAGAGAACCGUCAACGUCGGCUCGGGCGGUCGGGAAGGCCCCGUCUCCGGCGAGAACAACAGCGCCCUCCGCGAGCCCGCCGCUGCCAGCAGCAGCGUCCGCGUCGAUGGAUCGGAGCUGCACCAGAACACACAGCCCGGCAGCGGCGUCGGCCGCCAGGGUAAGGACAACCUUGAGGGUCUGCCCAAGGAUGCCCUUGCCCGGUAA